GCUGAAAGUAGCAGUAUCAACAGGACUCCGGACGAAAGUCCACGUAAAUUAGUCUUAGCUUUUACCUUCAAAUUAGUUUCUACUUGUUUAUUGGGACUUUAAUUGUUACUGAAUUUCCCCUGGAAAGCACUUUGUGGUGACACCUAUCAUAACCAUCGAACUCAGCAUUGCGGUGGGAGCUAACAAAGCCAAAGGAACAUCUAAAUACAAAAGGAGAUUACCACUUUCUGUCUGUCGUCAGUCUCCAACUGAUACAUUUGUACCACAUCACAAGGAGGGUACAAGAAGAUGCCCGUUCAGAUACCAGACGAUACAGACUUUACCUCUUUCAAGGAACAAUGUGAAAACCAGGAAGGAUGGACAGCGCGCUACAACAAGGGAAACGUGACGGUGUGGUGCAGGGAUGAAGAGUGUAAAACUAUCCAGAAACUAAAGAUGAGGAUAGUGUGUAAGGACGUGACUGCUGAGACCCUUUACGACGUCCUUCAUGACACCAGCUACCGGAAGAACUGGGACAGCAAACAUGAUCGACCCCACGAUAUCGGCAGACUUACGGUCAACGCAGACGUAGGAUAUUACUCCUGGAAGUGCCCGAGCCCCCUGAAGAACAGGGACUUUGUUACCAUGAGAUCAUGGCUUCCUCUGGGCAACGACUUCCUGAUCAUCAACUACUCUGUCAAACACCCGCAAUAUCCACCCAGAAAGGACCUCGUGAGAGCGGUGUCUCUGCUGACAGGCUACCUGAURCAGUCCYACGGAGCCAGCUCCUCCACUCUCUAUUACCUAACGCAGGUCGAUCCCAAAGGUUCCCUUCCCAAGUGGGUGGUGAAUAGAGCUUCUCAGUUCGUAGCACCAAAGGCCAUGAAGAAGAUCUACAAGGCCUGUCAGAAGUAUCCAGAGUGGAAGAGGAAGCACAACCCUAACCUGAAYCCCUGGAUUUAUCCCGAGCAGAACACCUUACCGAGUAUUAACGUGGCUGACCUCGUACUACAGAGAGCCGACUCACUGGAGAACAUUGAUGAGAGUCGCCUGACGGAGGAGAAACAAGCACAACGUCACAGCGAUGACGAAGAGACCUAGUCUGAGUGAAGACACUGUUUGUAUGUAAUUGUGUGGCUGUGUUUAAAAUAGCACCCUAUUCCCAUGUAUAGUGUAUUACUUUUGUGCAGGGCCCAUUAGGCUCUGGUCAAAAGUAGUGCACUACUUACCUAUAGGGCCCUGGUCAAAAGUAGUGCACUAUAUAGGAAAUGGGGUGCCAUUUGGGACACACACUCUGUUGAGUGUGUGUGUGUGUACAGUACAAAAAAUGUACAUGUAUGAUAGACUAUCAUUUUGAUCUGAAAAUUUGUCUUGUUGCAUUUAGUUGCUGAUUUAUCUAUAACUUAUUAAAUCAGAGGGGUUUAACAGGGUAUUUUCAUAUAGCAUGACAAAUUGGGGGGGAAAUCUGACAUUCUUCCACAAAUGGACGGCGUAUUUACGGUGCUAUCGUUCAAUUAAAUAGUAUAAUAUCUCAUUGACAGUAAUAACAGAGUAAACCUUUGAGUAAAACUUUGUGUCUCUUUCAAAAAAAACGAAUUUGAAGACAAUAUUUCAAGACCCUAUUUACGUUUGAUUUGACUAAGCUUUCAUUUGGCUCCUGGGGGGUUGCAGCGGUCCAAGGCACUGCAGGCUUCAUCACAUUCGGCUGUGAUUGGGACCCCCAUAGGGCGGCGCACAACAUCGCCCGGGGUAGGUCGUCAUUGUAAAUAAUAAUUUUGUUUUUAACUGACUUGCCUGGUUAAAUAAAAACAAAACAAAAAAUACAGUAGCCUUUACCAAUACAGGCAACCUACUACAGUAUAUUUCCAGGUCUCUAGUGCCUCCCAGUGGCAGUAAUAUGUCAUAACAUUUCCUCAUCCCCCAGUGUUCCGGAAGACAUGAGCUGUUAGAACAAUGGAAUGUCAAGUUUGUUAGGAAGUGAAUUAGCAUAAUGCACCAAGACAUGUGUUCUUUUGUACAGUGAAUGGCCCACUGAGYCUCCUAAGUCACAGGGGAGGAGAGAUGGCAGCAUAACCUGUUUGGAAUCAUUAUAAUCAGUCAUAAUCUGUUCGUUUUUUAUAACCUUAGGGGUCAUGAAGCAUGUUUAGCUAUUAAAAGGACAUUAGAUCACUUAUACUUUGGUGUUGCCUGUUCUGACUGAAUAUCAAAGAUUAUGUCUUAAUUAAUAAAGUUAUUAUUAGGCAUGUGUUUUCAUUUAAUUCAAACUGUCUUUUUGUAGGAUUUAAUGACAUGUUUCCAAAAUGGAGCGGCAUCAUGUUCACACUGUCACGGUCGCUGUAAUAAUUAUCGGACCAAACUGCAGCGCGAUAUGGUUUCCACAUAACAUUUAUUUGAAAACGCACAAAAAACAACAAAG